CCAAACCCAUGUUAUAUUGCGCGCGCUUCCCCUCUCUCAGUGAUAAUCAUUUCCGCCAUCCGCCGCCGGAGGGCCAGCGUACCGUCAUCUUCCACCGUACCGAUGUAUCCGAUGCUUCCGACAGUGGUAUAGAUCUUCGUCGACGUUGCCUUCUUCUGUUAAUUAGUCCUGUGACUGGGCAACCCCUAUGCCCACAACCUCUCAUCUUCCUACCUACGAUUAUUCUUCAAUCAACCUCCGCAUUUUUUCUGAAGAAAUAGCUAUCAAGAGUACCAGCUGGCUCUCUUUCCACUGAGGUGGAGAAUUUGGAGCUAGGAAAUGUGCGGAAUAGCUGCAAUUAUCAGCAGAGUUCACUUAAUUGGAUCCAAUCUAUGCAGGGAAACAAAGGAAGAGUUGCCUUUAGAAGCCAAAAAGGACUAUGGGCCAGUUCUUGUAACAAUAGAUAACCUUAAGGCUGCUUUGCAAAGACGAGGUCCUGAUAGCUUGGGUAGCAGGAAGGUUUUGAUUCAGUUAGAGCAUGGCAAUUUGGUUGAAAAAGCUGGAACUUUUUUUGAUGAUCAAGUAGAUAAAAGUCGAGAUACUUUUCUCUGUUCUGGAAAAACGGUGAAUUGUAGGAUUUCUUCUGCAUUAGAAACAGUUGGCACACAGUAUGUAGGUGUCAAUGGUAUGAAGUCUAUUGCACAGUUAGAUUUCAUUGGUGCGAUGUUACAACUUCGGGGCUUAAGUCCUGUUCCACAGCCUCUAGAGGAUGCAUCUGGAAAUCUUCUUGUAUAUAAUGGUGAAAUAUUUGGUGGUAUACAUGUCGCUGAUGGUAGCAAUGACUUGGAACUUCUUCUCCAUGAACUUGAAAGGUGUUGUUCUUCUGAUUGCCUUGAAUUCAACAUGAAUGGCUCUUCUAAUGCAGAACUUGGGAAAUCUAUACCUGAUGUUCUUUCAACUAUUAAAGGCCCAUGGGCUUUCAUUUACUGGCAGGAAAAGUCAAAAACGAUGUGGUUCGGUCGAGAUGCAUUAGGAAGACGAAGUCUUCUAGUCCAUUGGCCAACAUGCACUGACUCUAGAUUUAUUCUAUCUUCCGUUUCACCGCUUUCAUUUACUGAAAAAUAUGCUGGUUCAAACUCUAUAAAUGGACUUAACAAUGAAAUGGCAAAUGAAGUUACAGGUUCAACACAUGAAAUUGGCUACUGGGAGGAACUUCCCUGUGGAAUUUACAGUAUUGAGUUCAAAACCUCAAAUGAAAAUGCUCACUUAAUGAAGGAAGGUCUGUUCGGUGUUGUUCAAAAGCACAGAUGGAGGAAUCCCCAUUUAACCAGAGUCAUCUCAUGGGAUCGAUUGCUUGUGGAUCCCAAGGUAGAACAUGUCAUUCCAAUUCAAGCAAGUCAACUUCCAUUACCAGUCGGUUCUUUAACAGUGCACUCUGAACCAGCACAAAGGUUACUCUCUGCUCUAAGAAGCUCUGUGAUGAGGCGCACUAAAAUAGACUCAAUCUUUCAGACUUCUACGAAGAAAUUUGGAGAAGAGGAAAUGGCUCCAGUGGCAGUUCUUUUCUCUGGAGGAUUAGAUUCUAUGAUACUUUCUGCAUUAUUGGACCAGUGUCUCAACCCCCAAUAUAUAAUAGAUUUGCUAAAUGUAAGCUUUGAUGGCCAGUUUGCACCUGAUAGAGUUUCAGCAAGACUAGGGCUGAGGGAACUUCAGAAGGUUGCUCCAAUGAGAAGGUGGCGACUUGUGGAGAUUGAUGCAACUCUCUUAAAUUUGACCGCGGAAACCACCAAACAUGUAAUGUCGUUAAUACAUCCAGCAGAUACCUAUAUGGAUUUAAACAUUGGUAUGGCAUUAUGGUUGGCUGCUGGUGGAGAUGGCUGCGUGGAUGGACAAAUAUGUAAUUUUCUUCAGGAAAAUCAGCAUUAUUACAAGUACAAAUCAGAAGCUCGUGUUCUACUCGUUGGAUCUGGUGCUGAUGAACAGUGUGCUGGUUAUGGCAGGCAUAGAACAAAGUAUAAGCAUGAUGGAUGGCGUGCACUGCAUGAAGAAAUGAGAUUGGAUAUGCAGAGAAUCUGGAAAAGAAAUUUGGGCCGAGAUGAUAGAUUGAUCUCUGAUCAUGGAAAGGAGGCUAGAUUUCCUUUCCUGGAUGAGGAAGUUAUUCAAACCUUACUGGAAAUCCCCUUAUGGGACAUCGCUAAACUAGAUGAACCAGUUGGAAAAGGUGACAAAAAGAUUUUGAGAGAGGUGGCUCGACUACUAUGCCUAGAAGAUGCAGCUGCUAGGCCAAAAAGGGCCAUACAGUUUGGUUCAAGAAUAGCCAGAGAAUCCAAUCGAAAGAACUUCGGAAGCAACCGUGCAGCUAACCAUGCAUCAGCUGGGAGUGUCAAAAUCGAUAAAUAUACUCCCUGAUUCUGUGGGUCAAGCAAAAUGAUCUGCUCCCAGGCUUAAGUUGGUUUGCCUUGACAUUCAAUAAGCUUGAAAGUGAUUUGCGAAGCGCCAGAUAUAAAUGAACAAGCUGGAACACAAAUAUACUUGUUUGUUUUUGCGUUUGUCAGCUUAUUAUUUUGUUCAAUAGGCAGUUCUAUUCAUGCUUUUUUGUGUUAUUUAGGCUUCAUUUGGGACUGCUUUGUUACUGCUUCUUAAAGCAGCUUAAUUUUUGUACUGAAAUGCUGGUUUAAAAAACAGUAAAAAAGUCAUCCCAAACGAAAUCUUAGUUGCUUAGCUGUUGAAAUAUUACAUAUUAUUUAACAAUGCUUCUGUCAAUCAUAUACAGUCCAGCUGGGCGUAUACAGCAAGCCAGCUUAUUCAACUCAUUUGUUUAUUUGAUUC